AUGGCCCCAAUAACGCCAUUCAGUGCGUCGGAGAUAGCCGAGAAGGCUCGCCGCGACCUGCUUCUGCUGCUUGAGGGUAUCAGAGGCAAAAAGAACCUCGUGCUUGAGAAAGCGCUUGCAGGAUCUGUGAACCUGCUCGUCAAGUCGUCAACGCUGCAAGAAUAUGGCGUCGACAAAUUCUUUUUCCUUGAGAAUGACAACGUCAACUCGUCGCAACGGAACGUUGUCUUUCUCGUUAGAGGCGAGAAGGCAAAGACUGUAAUGGCUGUUGCUGAUCAGAUAAAGCGUUUGCGUCGAGAUAGUCAGAUCGAACACGAAUUCUCUAUUUUCUGGGUUCCACGGCGUACGCUCGUCUCAGACCAGCUUCUCGAGGAAGCCGGUGUGCUGGGCGAAGCAAGCGUGAGCGAAUGGCCGCUGUUCUUCGUACCACUUGCAGAUGAUGUACUGUCGUUGGAACUUGAUGAUGCCGUGACAGAUCUCUACUUGCGUCAAGACCCAACCUCGAUAUACCUGGCUGCCCGAGCCCUCAUGCAGCAACAACAAAAGCACGGCCUCUUUCCACGCAUUAUUGGAAAAGGCGACAAUGGCAAGCGUCUCACUGACCUCCUCACCCGUAUGCGUACUGAAGUCACCGCUGGGGAUGCUUCGAGUAGCACCAGUCCUUCCUUCUUGGGUUUGGCUCCUAGCUCCACAGCCGACAGCUUGAUCAUAAUCGAUCGAGAGGUGGAUUUCCCGACUGUGCUUCUCACACAACUAACAUACGAGGGUCUCCUCGAUGAAGUGUUCAACAUCUCUGCCAACCAAACAGAAGUUGACUCGUCUGUUGUGGGCGGAGCCGCACCGCAGCCUGGACAGAGCGGUUCAGCAUCAACGAGCAGGGAACGCAAGAUUUUGAUCGACUCAAAGGACCCGUUGUACGCCACGCUUGGUGACUCCAACUUUGCUAUAGUAGGAAAUUUGCUCAAUAAGGCAGCACGACGACUGCAAAGCAGCACCGGCCGGGACCAACUGGCAGCCAAAACCACAGCCGAACUGCGUGACUUUGUUGCAAAGCUACCAGGCUACCAGGCCGAACAAGCGAGCUUGAAGCUUCAUACUUCACUUGCCGAAGAGAUCAUCAAGUACACACAUACUGACAUCUUCCGGCGGUCACUUGAAGUCCAACAGAACAUCAUGUCAGGUCUGGAUCCUACCACCCAGCACGACACCAUCGAUGAGCUUAUCAAUCGUGACGUGCCAUUGCACUCAAUUCUCCGGCUCCUGUGCUUGGAAAGCACCACCAACGCUGGCAUGCGACCCAAAGACCUGGAAAGUUUCAAGCGAACUGUAAUCCAAGCCUACGGAUCUCAGCACAUUCUUACGCUGUCUAAUCUCGAGAAGAUGAACUUGUUGCAGCCUCGUGGUGGUUCAGGUCUGGGCGCUACGCCAGCCGCAAAACCGGGUUCGGUCACGAACUACACCCCGCUGCGGAAAUCAUUGAAGAUCUGGGAUGACGAAGUGAAUGAAGCUGAACCAAAUGACAUUUCAUACACCUUCUCUGGCUAUGCACCGCUCUCGGUUCGCAUCAUCCAGUCCAUCAUCCAGAAGCACACCCUCGCGAAUGCUAUCAAGCCGCCCUCCGAUCCUCGCGCCGCAGCCCAGGCGAACCCUCUUGCCCAAGGCCUCCGCAUCUUCGACGAUGCAUCAAAGUAUGUGCGCGGCGCAACGUUUGACGAAAAGCAAACGGGCGAGGAGAAAGCGAUCAAGGCGCGAAACAUGCUCAAUGGCAGCCAUAACGAUGGUGCGAAGACCAUCGUAGUGUUCUUCCUGGGCGGUGUGACGCGGGCAGAAAUUGCGGCUCUGAGGUUCAUAGGUGGGAAGCUGAAGGAGGUCGGUGGUGAGGGGGAGAGGAAGCAGAAUUGUGGUGUGCACCACCAACAUAAUCAGGGGUGGGAGCUUGGUUGA